CCUCGUCGUGUCAUUUUAAUUAGCCACCACUACGUCUAAAAGACCCGAUCAAACGAGUUAAUUAAUCUAACAAGCCAGUUGCACUCGUCCUCCUCUUCUCUUCUCGCACAGUCGCACACCAAUCAGGGCAACCAACCAAACCAGCAGCUCGGCCGUACGCCCGGGCCCGGCGACCGGCUCCGUUCCGCGCGGGGAUUUAAACGCGGGAGUGAGCACGCAGCAGGCGCAGGCAGCAAGCAACGAACGCGCGCGCGCCGCCGGAACCAUCUCGAUCGCGGGCAAGGGCGACGACGGUGCCGUGGAUUCCGCUUGAUCGUUCGGCUUAUUCGUCGUCGUCAUGGGUGGUGGCCGGCUGCCGGUGGCGUGCUCCGCCGUCCUCGUCCUCCUCGCCGCGGCGGGAUGCGUGUGGGCGCCGCGGGCGGCGGCGGCGCGGGAGUACGCGGCCAUCUUCAACUUCGGGGACUCCCUGGUGGACGCCGGCAACCUGGUGGUGGACGGCAUCCCGGACUACCUCGCCACGGCGCGCCUGCCCUACGGCAUGAACUACUUCGGCUACCCCACCGGCCGCUGCUCCGACGGCCGCCUCGUCGUUGACUUCAUCGCGCAGGAGCUGGGCGUGCCGCUGCUGCCGCCAUCCAAGGCGAAGAACGCGACGUUCCACCGUGGCGCCAACUUCGCCAUCACCGGCGCGACGUCCCUCGACACGCCCUUCUUCGUGGAGCGCGGGCUCGGCAAGACGGUCUGGAACUCGGGGUCGCUGCACACGCAGAUCCAGUGGUUCCAGGACAUGAAGCCCAAGCUCUGCAGCUCCCCAGACGAGUGCCGCGACCUGUUCCGGCGGUCGCUGUUCAUCGUCGGCGAGUUCGGCGGGAACGACUACAACUCGCCGCUGUUCGCGUUCCGGCCCAUCUCCGAGGCGCACGACUUCGUGCCCCACGUGGUGGAGUCCAUCGGCAGCGGCGUCGAGAAGCUGAUCGCCGAGGGCGCCGUGGAGCUCGUGGUGCCCGGCGUGCUCCCCAUCGGCUGCUUCCCCGUCUACCUCUCCAUCUUCCGGAAGCAGGCCGACGGGUACGGCGGCCGGAGUGGGUGCAUCAGGGACCUCAACACGCUGUCGUGGGUGCACAACGCCGCGCUCCGGCGGAAGGUGGAGGAGCUCCGGGGAAGGUACCCCGACGUGCGCAUCGUGUACGCUGACUACUACACGCCGGCCAUCCAGUUCGUCCUCCACGCCGAGAAAUACGGGAUGCUGAAGCAGACGCCGCGGGCCUGCUGCGGUGCGCCGGGCGUGGGGGUGUACAACUUCAACCUGACGUCCAAGUGCGGGGAGCCGGGGGCGUACGCGUGCCCGGACCCCUCCAACCACUGGAGCUGGGACGGCAUCCACCUCACGGAGGCCGCCUACGGCCACAUCGCCAAGGGCUGGCUCUACGGGCCCUUUGCCGACCCGCCCAUCCUCGACACCAAGCAUCUCGGCUAACAUCCACCGUCUCUUCUCCAACAACGGCGGCCGCGGCAGCCGGCCGGCCGGCCAGUACAGAUUUUAUAUAUUCGUCUCUACGCACGCGACGUCGGAGCGAGCGGGGAUAUUGAUCGAACUGUGAAUUGGUUGGUUGUUAUAGAGAGAACGUACGGAAACGAAAUGGGGAGUAGGACACAAUAAGGUCUAUGGGCAUACUGGCCAACACUCUGUUUAGAUUAAUUAAUGGGUUUAUAUACACAUAGGUUGUGUUGUUUCUGUUGUUUUGUUAGGCAGAUAUGUUUUGUGACUUAAUUGUUUGUCGAUAUUACUGCACUAGCAUAGUUGUACUACUGUACUUCUCAUAGUAUAUGAUAUGCAUCAAUGCAUCAAAAUACAGUAAGUUUUAGCAAUGUUGCAACACAGCACGUCACAAUUGAAACUUGAUAGAA